AUGUUUCUACAGAAGCAACAGAAGACGAAGAUCCAGUGCAACGAAGUGGAUGUAUACAGUCUGGCUCAACGCACUGUGAAGGACCCAGAGGGACUUUGCAAUGCGAGUGACGGCGAUAAUCGACAUUCAGAUGCCAAAGAAUCCCUGCACCUGCAUAGCCGAGGACUGCAUCCAUGUGAUACUGCAGGAUCCCAACCGGUUCUCAUGCUCUGGGAAGAAGAUCAAGACAUGGCAGUGUAUCUCUCCGUUCAUCAGCUAAAGGAUACAUACAGGUUGAAUUCUCCUCCUGGAAGUGAAGUGGGUGCUUUGAAACGGCCAGGAUGGAUGAAAGCGCGGCCAGUGCCGUGUCACGGUGAAUCCGGGGUCUGGGGUAUUUGA